GCUUUACGGCUUCAUCUGGAAAUCCAAGAGCCCCCAACGCAAAGCAAUACCCACCACUCUGCUCAAUAAACCCUAGAUCUCUCCACCGUAGCAAUGUCUCUCGACAAAUCCUCUUUAAACCAGACCAAGCCGCUCCGGUGGGGUGAGCUGGACGAGGACGAUGGCGAGGAUUUGGACUUCCUCUUGCCGCCCAAACAAGUAAUCGGUCCCGACGAGAAUGGGAUCAAGAAGGUAAUCGAAUACAAGUUUAACGACGACGGUAAUAAGGUUAAGAUCACCACUACUACCCGUGUCCGGAAGCUCGCCAAGGCUAGGUUGAGUAAGAGAGCUAUGGAACGCAGAAAUUGGGCAAAGUUUGGAGAUGCCGUCCAUGAGGAUGUUGGAAGUAGGCUUACUAUGGUUUCCACCGAGGAGAUCCUGCUUGAAAGACCUAGGGCUCCAGGCACCAAAGUGGAAGAAACUAAGAUGCCUGGGGAUAACUUGGCUCAGUUAGGUAAAGCUGGAGCUGUUCUUAUGGUGUGCAGAACUUGUGGUAAGAAAGGUGACCACUGGACGUCACGAUGCCCCUAUAAGGAUCUUGCACCGCAGCCUGAAGGCUUCAUUGAUAAACCAGCAGCAGCUGAGCCUGUUGCUACUGCUGCUGCUGGAGCCACCAAGGGUGCAUAUGUGCCACCAAGCAUGCGAGCAGGUGCAGAAAGAACCGUUGGAUCAGAUAUGAGGCGCAGAAAUGAAGAGAAUUCAGUUCGUGUCACCAAUUUAUCAGAGGAUACUAGAGAGCCUGACUUGCUUGAACUGUUCCGUACAUUUGGUCCUGUUAGCCGAGUAUAUGUUGCUAUUGAUCAGAAGACUGGUGUUAGCAGGGGUUUUGGUUUUGUGAAUUUUGUAAACAAGGAAGAUGCUGAGAGGGCUAUCAAUAAGCUUAAUGGAUAUGGUUAUGACAAUCUAAUCCUUCGAGUUGAAUGGGCAACACCCAGAUCCAACUAGGUAGAAAGAGUUGCCGGCUAAUUCUUCUGGUGAGCACAGUUUUGCUCUUUCAUUCUCUUCUUGAGGCCCCUUUUCUGUUCUCAUUCUCGAAGAUUUUGUUGUUGAUAAAGUUAUUUAUAUUUAAGAUUGAGUUGAUAUAGGAUAUUUUUAGGGCAUGAGGAAUGAAUGCUAAUUUUUCCCCUU